AACGUGCAGCAGCGUGCGCAUCGCGCCGGCGCCUUGGAAAAGCCCCGCACUUGUCAGCCUCGCCGCAUCAAGAACUUGGUGAUAAGAACCCAUGGCUUCCUUCCAUAAUACCCAGACCUGGUUCUCGAACCAUCGACCGAAGUACCUCGCGCAGGAAAUCGAACAAUGACCCAGUCCAGCCCCCAGAACAACACUCCUCGCCAGGGAAGUCCUUGCGAUAGGUACAUCUUGCCGUCGGUCGAGUUUACCUUCUCCUGCAGGUCGUCCUCUAUAGGGAGAUCUACGCCCACAUCUUCUACAGACGAGUCACUCGACCCCGAGGCGGACCGACGCUCCAUCACCCCGACCACGCCUUCCCUUUUCCAAGCCAUGCACCUGACUGGCAACGUAGGACAGGCGACACAUGAGGUUGAGGCCGGUUCCAACAGUGCGACAGUGGCUGGUCUGGCCCCAAGCACAACUUACCGGGAUCUUUACAAUGCCACUCCCAGUUCAAGUGGCACGACGUCCGCGGAGGCCAGCCAACGGCGGUCUCAGACACAAACUUCAACCCCGGGCAGUCUGGGGUCCGGGGUUCGGAAUUUAACCUUGAAGGACGGUGUAUAUGGCGCAGUUGACGACCAGGGCUUCGAUAGUAGCGAGACCAGCGCGAGCAGCUCUCCAUCCCACGGUGAUGAGAACGAUCACUCGUACAAUAUACGCCGCGAAGAGCUUCCCCAAGCCCCAAUUUACGACAUUCGGCUCCAGAAUGCGUUUCGUCAAGUGAGAGGCCAACUUACAGGCCUUGCGGAUCUAAUGGGUCAGCGCCAGCUAGCACACGAUCCUGCGAGUGAUCUCCACGAGCUGUACAAACAAACCAUAGAGGCCAGUCAUUUUACCUGCUCUGCUACCAGAACAAUUGGAUUCAUUGGUGAUUCAGGAGUGGGCAAAAGUACGCUUAUCAACUCCCUCCUGGAUCAGGAAGGUCUGGCGCGCUCGAGCGGAGAUGGUGCGGCUUGCACUACAGUUGUCACGGAGUUUCGCAGCGUAAACGAGAAGCAUCCUCAUAAUUAUACCGUUGAAGCCGACUAUAUGAAUACGGCGGAAAUACGAGAGCUCCUCGAGGAGUUACUCUCGAGUUUCCGGAAGUACUACACGGAUGCCUAUCGCGAAGUUGAGGGAAAAGAAGAACAAGAAAAACUGAAGGCGACUGCCAAAAAAGCCUGGGACACCUUGCGGUCUCUCUUCCCCAGUCAGCCAGGUCUUGACCUCGAAUUUCUUUCUCGUGAAGGUGAAGCUGCGGUGGCAUCGAUUUUGACAACUCUGGAGUCUUGGGCAGUUGCCGGUUUGGAUUAUCGACCGGGUGGCCGCGAUGCGACUCAGUAUACCAUGGUUGCUCACCACGCCGAUGAGUGUAUGGAACAGCUAGACAGUCUGAUGGCUGAUCCUAAGGAAGAGAACAGGCCAGCUGUAUGGCCUUUUGUCAAGUUGAUCAGGGUCUACCUCCGAUCGCCUAUACUCCGGACUGGACUAGUCUUGGCCGAUUUACCUGGAUUCCGCGACUUGAAUUAUGCACGAGUAAGGGCAACAGAGAAGUAUCUCCGUCAUAGCUGUGACGAGGUGUUCAUCGUGAGUACCAUCGUUCGGUGCACCACGGACGAAUCAAUUCGAGAUAUCGCUCGCCGAUGUGCGGGAAACCAACCGCUACGAAUUGUUUGUACUCGAUCGGAGGAUGUGGAUGCAAAUGAGACUGUCCGGACAUCCUCCGUAGCAGAAGCCAGACCUAUCCGUGACCUCAACAAUCAGAUCCGUAGACUCGAGCAGAAAGUAAGGGAUACGCGGACUCGCAGACGAAAGGCUACUGGGAGUAUUAGUCAGGGCCUCGCUUUAGAGGAAAUUAAUCUCAGCGAUGAGAAAAGCAUGCUUGAGCUUCAACUGAAACGGACACUCAUUCUGAGACGAAAUGAAUGGGUGACAAAGUCGCUGUCGCGGGCCUGGAACGGCAACGUCCGGGUAUUCUGCGUGAGCAACAAGCUAUACUCCGACCACCGCGAUGAUGAUGUGGCGCAAGCCCACGAAUACCUCAAGCUCAGCGGUAUCAAGGGACUUCGGCGCUACUGUCAGUCUGUUCCGGCGGAAGCUCAGCUGCGUGUCAUGGAAACCUUUCUUCACAAUCAAGUGCCCGCGCUAAUCGGCUCUCUGAAUCAAUGGUCAUUGGCAGGGUCCGAUGCCGUUACUACAAUUCGGGCGGACGUUCUACGUGGUGUCUUGAAAAAGGCAGAACAAGCCCUACAAAUGGUGGCCUCGCAAGAAUCCCCAAUCUAUCUUGCAAAGAUGAGCCUAGAAGAUGAGUUCAACGGAUUGAUCACGCAAACAAUCAGAACUUUUCGAAGCGACUGGACAACUCACGCUGUCGAUGCUAGCCAAGACUGGGCUGCAUGGCAUCAUGCGACAUACCUUGCUUUCUGUCGAAAUUAUGGGGCCCACAAAACAAGGGUCCAAGACUAUCGUUGCUGGAACGACGAGGUUCUCGGCCCCGGACGCGGCACGCUUUCCAAACAAUGGGAGAUUCUGUUUGACUGGCUUGAAUAUCAGAAGGAUGGCCUGACCAGGGAGGUUUCCAAUACUUUCCAAGACGUUUAUGACACUAUUGAAGAACACUAUGACAUGGCACCGGAUUCUCUGCAAAACCUACUUCUCAACAUGAAAGUACGGCAGAGAUCUAUCAAAGACGCCAUCCGAAGCUCCCUAGACGUACUCAUCGAUGCAAACGAACGAAUGAUGCUCGACGCCGCCAAUGGCCACGAUAGCUCGUACAUUUCCGACGUCAUGCGCCCUGUCUACAACACCUGCACCGAUGAAUCCGGACCCGGCUGCGACGCCAGGCGCAAGCGAGCCAUGUACCAACAUCUCACGUCCCCGCAUCUGUUCGCGGAAUUCUCCAGCAGGCUUACAAGUGACUAUCACAACCUAACUGAACAGAUAUUCAUCCCUCUUCAGCAACGGCUGCGGGAUGAAGUUGGAUGCGUUGUCCGAGAUCUGCGGACUUCUGUCACGGUAGAAGGAGAGGUGACUGAAGCGGGACAAGAUCGUCUGUUUACAAGAGAACUUCAGCAAAGAUUGGUUCGCAUUCAGGAGGCAUUGACGUCUGCACAGAACACCGCAAGAGAUGCCAAGAACGGGGCGACACAUUCGGAGUAAGGAUGUAGUAUUGCUAUUCCCACGAAGCAUUCCAUCCUCGUCCCAUUACGACUGAAUCGAACUGAAUAUUUGGUCACUCGGUCAGAUCGAGUAUCUACCACUCAUCGCUGUCUUAUUUCCCCUGACCCGAUCAAGUCUGCAUGGCAUAUCCGGACCUAUCUGUUAACAGCGCCCGUCAUACGA